UUUAAAUUAAAAAUAUUAAAUAUAAUUUUCUCAACUAGUUAGCAAGUUAAAGAAUUAAAAAAAAAACCAACUGGUUAAUUUUAGAUAGUUAGUUUAGUGAGGGGUUUUUGGGCUGUAAUGCAAUAUGGUCAUGUGUUUUUUGUGGAGGAUCAUAUAGUUGGUGACACUAGGCUCCUUCCCACCAGUUUUCUUCCUUCCUCUUCAAGUCUCUCUUUCACUAUAUAUUUUCAAAUAAUCGAGUAGCUUUCUUAUACAUACAUUAAUCUAUAGUAAGCAGAUUUAUUUGUACACCGUCCAGGAUCUGAUCAGUUUCUGCGACUUUAUUAGUAACAUUCAAUGGAAGGAUUAGCUAUCAGAGCAUCGAGACCUUCCAUUUUCUGCUCUCUUCCAGGUCUCGGCGGGGGUAAUCAGCAACGACCUCCAAGUGACGGUUUCCUCAAGUUUCCGGCCUCGUCGGCAGAUAACAGCACAAAACUAGUCGUGAAUUCUGGUUCUUUUCAUCCAAUCUCCGCCGUCAACGUGUCUACUCGAGCUUCUCUCACCGCAGAUAUUCCCGCCCUUUCAGGAACGAAUGUGAAAGAGGAGAGAAUCAACGGAGAAAAGAAGAAGGCAGACAACAUCGUAUGGCACGAGAGUUCCAUCUGCAGAUGCGACCGACAAGAGCUUCUUCAACAAAAGGGUUGUGUCAUUUGGAUCACUGGUCUCAGCGGUUCGGGGAAAAGCACUGUUGCUUGUGCGCUAAGUAAAGCUCUGUUUGAAAGAGGCAAACUUACUUACACACUCGACGGAGACAAUGUACGUCACGGCCUUAACCGGGACCUUACUUUCAAAGCUGACGAUCGUACCGAAAACAUACGAAGGAUCGGUGAAGUGGCAAAGCUGUUUGCUGAUGUUGGCGUCAUUUGUAUAGCAAGUUUGAUAUCUCCUUACCGGAGAGACAGGGAUGAGUGCCGGUCGUUGUUACCUGAGGGAGAUUUCGUGGAGGUUUUCAUGGACGUUCCUCUUUCUGUGUGUGAGUCAAGAGAUCCAAAGGGGUUGUAUAAACUCGCGCGUGCCGGCAAAAUCAAAGGCUUUACUGGAAUCGACGACCCUUACGAGGCGCCACUGAAUUGCGAGGUCGUGCUCAAACACACAGGAGACGACGUUUCUUCUUCGCCACAUCAGAUGGCUGAAAACAUCAUCUCUUACUUGCAAAACAAAGGUUACCUUGAGGGUUAAGUCAAGUCCGAAAGAUAUCAACGGCAACGAAUCCCCCCCCCCCCCCCCCCCCCCCCCCAAUUUGUCGAAUCUAAUUACAGUUUUAUAAAUGGUUACAUGUUUGCUUGCUCUGUCUAGUUUACUCAAAAGCUUGAGACCUGACUUCCUCUCGCUUCAAUUCAUCAUACUAUUAUUUGUUUCUUGAAUUCUGUUAAUUGAACCCGGAUGAACGUCAGAUAUAUAUAUAUAUAUAUAUAUAUACAUACAUCUUAUGUCAUCGACUGUUUGUAUAAUUGAUAUCGAUUAAAUGGACUUUGUUGUAUUUACUUUA